AAAAAAGAACGGAACGAGUAAUAAUUAAAAUAAAAUGGCGAACAACUCAACAAUUUUUACUGCCGAUGAAUUUUUGAUUCAUCGUUUCAUGUUAAGAUUAUAAGCAUUGAAUUGUGAGUUAUCGAAGAGAUCGGGCAUUUUGUUCAUUUCCCCUGCUUUCCUUGCUUCUUCUCCUCCAUUAUUCUCCAUCUGAAAUCACAAUCUUGAAUCCCAAUCUGAGAGAUCUCGAUAGAGACGAACAUGUUCAAGUUUUUGAAAGGAGUAGUCGCAGGAUCUGGAACUGGCGUUAAAGAUCUUCCUUACAAUAUUGGGGAACCAUACUCUUCUGCUUGGGGUUCUUGGACUCACUCCACUGGCACCUCCAAGGAUGAUGGGUCUCCAGUUUCGAUAUUCUCUCUUUCAGGAAGUGUGCAAGAUGGUCAUAUAGCUGCUGGGCGUAAUGGUGUAAAGCGACUGCGUACAGUCAGACACCCUAAUAUAUUAUCAUUUCUUCACAGUACCGAGGUUGAGACUUUUGAUGGUUCCACUACGAAGGUCACAAUUUAUAUAGUCACCGAACCUGUUAUGCCACUUUCAGAAAAAAUCAAGGAGUUAGGUUUGAACGGGCGGCAAAGGGAUGAGUAUUAUGCCUGGGGAUUGAACCAGAUAGCUAAAGCUGUGAGCUUUUUGAAUAAUGAUUGUAAGUUGAUUCAUGCUAAUGUUUGCUUAGCCAGUGUGGUGGUUACUCAAACUCUAGACUGGAAGUUGCAUGCUUUUGAUGUUUUAUCCGAGUUUGAUGGGAACAAAGAAGGUUCUACUGGAUCAAUGCUGCAAUAUGCAUGGCUUGUUGGCAAUCAAUACAAGCCAAAUGAAUUGGUUAAGUCUGAUUGGGUGGCCAUCAGAAAUUCUCCACCAUGGGCAAUCGAUUCUUGGGGAAUGGGUUGUCUGAUAUAUGAAAUCUUUGCUGGUAUGAAGCUUAACAAGACAGAAGAACUCCGAAAUACUUCUUCAAUUCCAAAGUCGUUGCUUCCAGAUUAUCAGAGAUUAUUGAGUUCUAUGCCGUCCAAGAGAUUAAAUACUUCCAAGCUUAUUGAAAAUAGUGAAUACUUUCAAAAUAAAUUGGUGGAUACUAUACAUUUCAUGGAGGUUCUCAGUUUGAAGGACAGUGUGGAGAAAGAUACAUUUUUCCGCAAGCUUCCAACUCUGUCUGACCAACUUCCUCGCCCAAUAGUGCUGAAGAAAAUUCUUCCACUACUGGCUUCUGCUUUAGAGUUCGGUUCAGCAGGUGCUCCUGCUUUGACAGCAUUGAUGAAGAUGGGAUCUUGGCUUCCUGCUGAAGAGUUUAGUACCAAGGUGCUGCCAACCCUCGUGAAGCUUUUUUCAUCUAAUGAUCGGGCUGUGAGAGUAGCAUUGCUCCAACACAUUGAUCAAUAUGGAGAAUCAUUAUCUGCACAAAUUGUUGAUGAGCAAGUUUAUCCUAAUGUGGCUACUGGAUUCAAUGAUACAUCAGCUUUUCUCAGGGAGUUGACAUUGAAAUCUAUUCUUGUUUUGGCACCAAAGCUUUCUCAACGUACAAUGUCGGGAUCUUUGCUGAAGUAUCUUUCCAAGCUACAGGUUGAUGAAGAGCCAGCAAUUAGAACUAAUACAACCAUAUUAUUGGGAAACAUUGCAAACUAUCUCAAUGAAGGGACAAGGAAGCGGGUUCUCAUAAAUGCUUUUACUGUUCGUGCAUUACGUGAUACUUUCCCCCCAGCACGAGGAGCAGGCAUAAUGGCAUUGUGUGCUACUAGUUCCUAUUAUGACAUCACAGAAAUCGCUACAAGGAUUCUGCCAACUGUAGUGGUGCUUACUAUAGAUCCUGACAGUGAUGUUCGAUCCAAGUCAUUUCAGGCUGUUGAUCAAUUUUUGAAGAUUGUAAAGCAGUAUAAUGAGAAGGGUGAUACUGGAGAUGGAAGUAUGGCAAACAUUGGCACUCCUGGAAAUUCUAGUUUGCUUGGAUGGGCUAUGAGCAAUUUGUCUCUGAAAGCUAAAGCUUCUGAGCAGACACCGGUUGUUUCUGGGGGUUCUGGUGCACCGCUUGCUACAACGAGCUCUGAUGCUAGCUCAGUUGUAGACGCUUCUGCUUCAAGUGUGGUGCUGACACCUCUUCGUACGAGCUCCAGUGUGGAUUUAGUAGAUCAACCUGUUCCAGCAUCCCCAACCUCAACUGACUGUUGGGGGGAACUUGAGAAUGGACUUGAUGAUCUUGACAGUGACAAAGAAGGCUGGGAUGAUAUUGAACCACUUGAAGAGCUGAAACCGUCUCCAGUACUCACAAACAUUCAGGCUGCUCAGAAACGACCAGUUUCGCAGCCUAAGACAGCGAAUCCGCCAAAACCAGCAGCAUCAAAUUUGCCGUCCAAAAGCACUGCUCGAAAAUCCAAAGAUGAUGAUGAUGACUUAUGGGGUUCCAUAGCUGCCCCUCCUCCAAAGACAACAUCGAUGGCUUUGAGUUCAGGAGCUUCAAAAUCCGAAGACGAUGACUUAUGGGGUGCCAUAGCUGCUCCACCCCCAAUGACUAAAGCUAAGCCCUUGUCUGCAGGCAGAGGUCGAGCAAAACCGACUGUUCCAAAAUUAGGUGCCCAUAGGAUCAACCGAACAUCUUCUGGUAUGUAGAUAGAUAUAUGAUUCGAGAGCAUAAAGAAAACGUAGACAUGAGAAAUUUCUUAAGGUCAGUUUUGUAUAAUCCCAUUCUUUUCACUGAUUUGAUUAUAUUAACGCGACGUUCACUAAUGUGUUUUUUGCCCUACAUUACAUCCGAAAUUGUUAUAUAGAUCUUUUCCCAACCUUUACGUAUGGCUUAAAGUUUCGUGUUGGAUUUGUUCCUUGUAAAUGGUGUUGUACGAGGAAGAUUUUAACUCGAAUUCUUGUGUGCUUCACAUUGCAUCGUUUUCAUUUAGGUAUUUGUUAUCUGUAGUAAAUUGUAAUUGUUAUUUUGGCCUUGCGAA